UCGCUUCUUAAGCGGCGGCUGGCCGGCUGGGCAGAGGCGGACCAUCCGAGCUCAGUGGCCAGUCGCUGAACCCUUCGCGUCCCCACAGCGGCUGGAGCCACCGCCAGGAGGAGGGGGCGAGGCACCCAGACUGCCCUCCGGAGCCGUGGGCCAGCAGGCAGAGCCUGGGGCCGGGUGCGCCGCCGCAGCCGCUGCCUCUGCCGCUGCCGGAGCUGCGGAUAGGAUCCUUGGGAGCCACCGCCGCCCGGCCGGGGCCCACCGCCACCCGCGCGCCCCCGGGCCCCCGACACACAUGAGAUUCUUCAGGCUCACUUUCAAGUGCUUCGUGGACUGCUUCUGACUGCGCCGUCCCCGCCGUCCCCCGCCCCGUCCCCCAACCCGGCCGACCCAGGCCCCUAGGUGGACCCGCGCCUUCGGCUCCCGCACUGCCACUGGCGCCCCCCACCCGCCUUCCCACCUGCCCACCCACUCCCCAGCCCCCCGGGCCUGCCAGAGCCAUGGCGAAGAAGAACACCGAGAACGGCAUCUACAGCGUGUCCGGAGACGAGAAAAAGGGCCCCCUGAUCGCUCCUGGGCCCGACGGAGCCCCAGCCAAGGGCGAUGGCUCUGCGGGGCUGGGGGCACCCGUCUGCCUGGCCGUGCCGCCACGCGAAACCUGGACCCGCCAGAUGGACUUCAUCAUGUCAUGCGUGGGCUUCGCCGUGGGCCUGGGCAAUGUAUGGCGUUUCCCCUACCUGUGUUACAAGAACGGCGGAGGUGUGUUCCUGAUCCCCUACAUCCUGAUCGCUCUGGUGGGAGGAAUCCCCAUCUUCUUCCUGGAGAUCUCACUGGGCCAGUUCAUGAAGGCCGGCAGUAUCAACGUCUGGAACAUCUGCCCCCUUUUCAAAGGCCUGGGCUAUGCCUCCAUGGUGAUCGUCUUCUACUGCAACACCUACUACAUCAUGGUGCUGGCCUGGGGCUUCUACUACCUGGUGAAGUCCUUCACCACCACGCUGCCCUGGGCCACGUGCGGCCACGCCUGGAACACUCCCGACUGUGUGGAGAUCUUCCGCCACGAAGACUGUGCCAACGCCAGCCUGGCCAACCUCACAUGUGACCAGCUUGCUGACCGCAGGUCCCCUGUCAUCGAGUUCUGGGAGAACAAAGUUCUGCGGCUGUCCGGAGGGUUGGAGAUACCAAGAGCCCUCAACUGGGAGGUGACCCUGUGUCUGCUGGCCUGCUGGGUGCUGGUCUACUUUUGCGUGUGGAAGGGUGUCAAGUCCACGGGCAAGAUAGUGUACUUCACGGCCACGUUUCCCUACGUGGUCCUGGUGGUGCUGCUGGUGCGGGGAGUGCUGCUGCCCGGGGCCCUGGACGGCAUCGCCUACUAUCUCCAGCCCGACUGGUCCAAGCUGGGGUCCCCGCAGGUGUGGAUCGAUGCCGGCACCCAGAUCUUCUUCUCGUAUGCCAUCGGCCUGGGUGCCCUCACUGCCCUGGGCAGCUACAAUCGAUUCAACAACAACUGCUACAAGGAUGCCAUCAUCCUAGCGCUCAUCAACAGUGGGACCAGCUUCUUCGCGGGCUUCGUGGUCUUCUCCAUCCUGGGAUUCAUGGCCGCAGAGCAGGGUGUGCCCAUCUCUAAGGUGGCCGAGUCAGGCCCCGGCCUGGCCUUCAUCGCCUACCCGCGCGCCGUCACGCUCAUGCCUGUGGCGCCGCUCUGGGCCGCCCUGUUCUUCUUCAUGCUGCUGCUGCUGGGCCUGGACAGCCAGUUUGUAGGUGUGGAAGGUUUCAUCACGGGCCUGCUGGACCUCCUCCCGGCCUCCUACUACUUCCGCUUCCAAAGGGAGAUCUCUGUGGCCCUCUGCUGUGUGCUCUGCUUCGUCAUCGACCUCUCCAUGGUGACAGAUGUGAGUGACACGGGCGGGGCCCCAGGCUGCCCCAGCACCGUCGCCAGUGCCCUUGACCCGCUCUGUCCCCAGGGCGGGAUGUACGUCUUCCAGUUGUUCGACUACUAUUCGGCCAGCGGCAUGACGCUGCUCUGGCAGGCCUUCUGGGAGUGUGUGGUGGUCGCCUGGGUGUACGGAGCUGACCGCUUCAUGGAUGACGUGGCCUGUAUGAUUGGCUACCGGCCCUGCCCUUGGAUGAAAUGGUGCUGGUCCCUCUUCACACCGCUGGUCUGCAUGGGCAUCUUCAUCUUCAACGUGGUGUACUACAAGCCGCUGGUGUACAACAACACCUAUGUGUACCCGUGGUGGGGCGAGGCCAUGGGCUGGGCCUUCGCACUGUCCUCUAUGCUGUGCGUGCCCCUCCACGUCCUGGGUUGCCUGCUCAGGGCCAAGGGCACCCUGGCUGAGCGCUGGCAGCACCUGACGCAGCCCGUCUGGGGCCUCCACCACCUGGAGUACCGCGCGCAGGACUCGGAUGUCAGGGGCCUGACCACCCUGACGCCAGUGUCAGAGAGCAGCAAGGUGGUGGUGGUGGAGAGUGUCAUGUGAGCACGGGCCACCAGCGCGCCCUCUAGCCAUAGCAGCCCCUCGCUUCUGCCCCCACCCACCCCACCGGGGGCCGCCUUUCCCUGACUCUAGGGGUCUGCCUGGGGGGAGGGGAGGAAGCACCUAGAGUGCUUGCUCAAAUAACUUUUUCCAUUUUUAAUAAAACGCCAAAAAUACCACGACCCACCAAAAAUAGAUGCCUCCCCGCCCUCCCUUAACCAGGCUGGUGCACAUGCUGCUUCCCAGGCCCCGCCAGCCCUCCCGUAGCUCCCAAGCCCAGCCGGCCCGCAUUUCCAGGCUCUGCCCAGUGCGCCUGGGGCAGCUUGGGAGCAGGGCAGCGGAGAGGAGGGAGGGGCAGGGAGCCAGGCACCUCUUCCAGCUGGGCUAGCCCCCUCUCCCCACCCCAACUCUAGAAGCUUAGAGAGCCAGCCAGCAAGGGAGCCUUCCGGUCCCUGCGCCUACACCACCAAUAUCAAUUGUGAGCUUGUGUCUGAGUGCGCGCGUGUGAGUCCAUGGGCAUCGUCUCCAGGUCUCUUAGCCAAGGUGAAUGCCAGGAGUGGACCCUGCCUGUGGGCAAGUGAGGCUUGUAUUUUGCACAUUUUAUAAAAACUCGAGGAGAGAUUUCCACUUGUAUAUUUCUAAAGAGAACACAGCCCUGAGCCCUGUCCGCCUCUCCCUGCCCUGCCCGCCGCCCCCCUCAUUCCUCAGCCUAGGCGAGGAAUGACUUUGUAGAGCUCAUUUUCCUAGGCAAAGCGAGAGCUUCCAGCUGUGAGUCUGCCUGUGGGUCUGCGAAUGCAGUCCGGGCCAGGCUGGGUUGGAAUAGUGCUCGGGUGCCCACACUCGGCUCCCAAGCCAGCGUUGUGCCCUGGGGCACGGGGGCUGCUUAGCUGGCACCCUCAGGCUUGCCUGCUCCCGGCCCACCCCCACCCUGGCUGGGCACCACUGCAGGACCUCAGGGGACAGCGGCCGGCCGGCGCCCCCUGCGAGCUUCGGGCCACCGAUGCACUUUUCACGUCUCAAGUCUUCCAUGGAGCGAGCAGCAGCUUUAAUUAACCCUGUCUGUGUCCCCUGUUCCCCAGACAGCCGAGUGCACCCUGGAGAGGCCCCCAUCCACAUGGGCUGGAGGGAGGGGCUGGGUGAGGGCGCACCGCGAGGACACUGACUGUGCUGCAAAGUCACUGCAAACAUAGCAAUAAACACGUGUCAUUUUCCA